AUUAUUACCAGUUUUAUGUACACAAAUUAUUGUUUUUCAAAGAUCCUUAUUCGUGAUCUGUAUUGUACUCAACUAUAUCAAAGAUUAUAAUUAAUCAUUACAAACGUGUUUAAAAAUAGUAAAGUUUUGUUUUUCUGGAUAUAUUUUAACUUUGGAAUAAAAAUAACUAUUGGAUAUAAUUGCUGGAAUUUAUUCAUUUAUAAAUUCUAUAGUAGAUGAAUGAAAUAUGAAGUCUACAAAUUCGAUUGAUCAACAUACUGAUAAUACAAAUUCAAAAGAUAUGAUCAGUCAAGAUUUUGAAUCAAACCAGUCACUUGAAAAGAAUAUUGCAACUGACACAUCCGAGAAUAAAUCAAAAGAGGAAUUCAAUUAUACUAGUGCAUAUAUUGAUGAAAGUGAUGAUGAUACUAUUGAAGAAGGGGAAGAAAUCAUUACUUCAGCAAUGCCACCAACUCAAAUAGUUAAUACUAUAGUUACCACUACUACAAAUCCAGAUGGUAGUUUAAAGCGCACCACGAAAAAAACAACACGUACCGUUCUGACAACAGCAAGAAUACGUAAAGUUAAACUAAAAAAUUUGUCAACCAAUUCAGAAUCCAAUCAGUCAUCAUCCUACUCAAAGAAUCAUCCAGAAAUGUCAAAUAUCAUUAAUUUUACAAAGUAUAACUCUGAAAAAUCAGAUGGUAAUUCGCUUGCGCAAGCGACAUUAGCUAUUAUUCCACCACAAACUGAAGUGAUUUAUCAAGAAAAUGUAAAACCUAUUAGUGAUAUAGAUCCAGAUACUAUGGCACAAUUAAAGCAAUCUCCUGAUAGUGUAACAUCCCAACAAGCUCUUACAAAGACAACUAUGAAGAAGACAGUAAGUGCAACAGCAGCUACUGCUACAUUUUAUGCAACUGGUAGUGAAGUUAUGAAUCCAAAUAUUUUUACAAGUAAUGAAUCCGCCAGUGAAGUUACCUCCGAAAUUAGUAACAAUAUAAAAAGGUUAAAAGAUUGUCAUCAAUCGUUUAGUUUGUCAAGUAUAAAUGAAAAAAAUAAAACGACUUUCAACGAAUCAAAUAGACAAGAUGCAUACGAAAAUGAAAUGAUUAGUACUGAAAAUAAUAAUACGUCAAUGAAAAAGAAUGAUUGUGAAUUUGCAAGAACUAUAACAACAAGAACUGUGACUACAACACAUAGUUCCGGUUCAGCAACUACAACCACUACUACCACGACUACAACUAUGGAUAAUAAUAAUAAUAAUAAUAAUAAUAACAGUACAAGAAAACAGACUACACGAGUUACUAAUAAUUUUGCCAGUAAAAGAUUUUUUUUCACAUUUAAAAAGCCAUUCAGUUUAUUUAGUAAAGAUUUUCGAACAGCUAUUGAAAAUGGUCAAGCUAAUCAGAAUACUAGUUUGAACAAAACUGAUAUUGUGGAUACUGAACAAUUAGCAUUGAUGACAAUGAAAGAAUCAGAACGUAUGUUUUCUGAAGCCAAAUCAAUGUUUGCAUCAAAUCAAACAUUAACAUCAGAUAAAGUUUCACAAUCACAUAGUUCAAAAUCAAAUAAUGAAAUAAAUAUUUAUUCAAGAAAUGAUGAUGGAAUUGUACAAGGUUAUCAGUCACGAUUUGCAAAUUUACCAUUAUAUCAAGGUUAUGGAAUAAUUGCUCAUCAGAUUGCAUUGUCGAAUAAAGCAAAUACAGCUAAGAAAUCUACACCUGAAACGCAAAAUGUCAAUAAUGAUGAUAGUGAUGAUGAUGGAAAUGAUCAGCAGACUUCAAUAAAUCUUGUCAGUGAUCCAAUCGAUAUAGGACAAAUUUCAGAUCAAAGUGGAACUGAUAUAAAUUUGGUUGCAAAUGCAUUUGCUCAUUUAUUAGAUGAAUCGAUAUUGAAAUUUUUAUAUGAAGCAACAAAUCAACAACUUGUCAGAUCAGGAUCGUUAAAUUUAUUUGAUCUACCAGCAUAUAUAAGUGGUCUUCCACAAAAUAAAGAGCUGUCAUUGUCUGAUUCAACAGAUGAAGGGACAGCACAUCAAGAAAAUGAAAUCUAUGAUAGUUCUUCAAAUUUAAGUGAUUAUCAUGAUGAUAAAAAUGAAGAAUUAUUCAAACAAAAACAACGAAUUAGUAACUUACGAGAAAUUCAAGGUAAUAAAAGUGUUACAGAAGGUGUUGGUCAAAAAACAAGUCGAUUUGGUGUUGGAGCUCAAGGUGCAUUCCGUGUUGCUUGGUCAGAAAUGCCUGAAGUUGUAGAAAGUAACUGUCUUCAACGCUUAACAAGACAUGAAAUCCAAUUACAAGAAGCCAUGUUUGAAGUGAUUACCUCAGAAGCUUCAUAUUAUCAAAGCCUAAAUGUCUUAGUAAAUCAUUUCUAUCAUGCUCCUGAAUUCGAAUGCGAACCACUACAUUCACCAGUUCAAGGAAAUCAAGUAAAUAACAAAACAGGGAAAGAUUACUAUUCACCAUUAAAUUAUACUACAGGACAACAAGAUGUAAUAAAUACAAAUGAUCAAGUAUUAAGUGAGCCCAGUACACCAUCAGUUAAUACAACACCGAUCGGUCCAACCACCGCUUAUUCUACUAAUACUAUCCCAAACAAUAAUACUGACUUUACAGAAUUUUGUUCAGAUUUAAACAAUGCGAAUAAUCAAACUACAACACGCCGUCCUUUACUGAAGCCAUUAGAAAAACAUCAUCUCUUUUCAAAUGUACUACUUGUGUGUUUAGCAAGUGAAAUGUUUUUACGAGAUCUUGAAGCAAGAUGGGAAUCUCGAAUGCCAAUAUUGAAUGAAGUAUGUGAUUUAAUAGUGAAACAUGCUGGUGGUGUAAAUUUUGAACCAUAUAUUACUUAUUUAAGAAAUCAAACAUAUCAAAUGGCAACGCUUCGAAAUCUAUGUCAACGGGAAAACUUUCGUUCAGCAUUAGACAAUUUACAUGCUCAUCCAAUAAGUGGUAAAAAUACAAUCAAUUCGUUUUUAGCACUUCCAAUGCAAAGAUUAACACGUUUAAAAUUAUUAGUUGAAGUUAUACGUCGAUUACAAGAUGCAGUUGUACGAGAUUCCAAAGAUAAAACACUUGAAAAACAUCCUUUUCGUGUACCAAGUGUUAGAGAACGAGAAAAUGUACAACUUGCACUUCGUGAAUUAAAUCGACUUCUAACUGCAAGCGAGACUGAAAAAGAACUUAUGGACAGAAAAUCUCGACUCCUUACACUAUCCUCUUCUCUUGAAUUUCCAGACAAUGUUAAGCGAAUAGCAAUUAGUGAUAAACGUCUUAUUAAAGAAGGUGAGCUUCGUGAAUGUUUAUCAGAAAAUGGACGUAUGUCAGUAUUACAAAAGUUAACUAUUCGUAAACCAAAUACAUUCUAUUUAAUAUUAUUUAAUGAUAUGUUGCUAAUAACAAAGAAGAAAAAAAAUGAACGUUUUCUUGUUUUGGAUUAUUGUGACCGUGCAUCAGUACAACCUUUGGUUCAACGUAGUGGUGAUCCGUUUAAUUCUGGUACAAAUUUACUAAAGAAUCCUAAGAAUUCUAUUUCUGCCGAACCCCUUUGUCACAUUGAUCCUUCGAAUGAUGAUUUAAAAGUUGUUCCGCAGAAAUUUAAACGGUUGCUUUCACCAGAAUUUGAAGAUGAUGUGAAUAAUAUCAAAAGUAAAACUAAAACGAAACGUCAUAGACAUUUUAAAACUACAGUUGAUUUUAAAAAUUUGUCCGAUUCAAAUAAUAAUGAUAAUAAAGAUGAGACAAAUAUAAUUCUUAGUCAUAGUGAAACAAGUGAAUCGAAUAAAGAAUGCUCCAGUUUGAAUGAUAAUAAUCAUAUGAAUAACUUGGCGAACAUCUCUACUCAUGAUACUAAUACUACAACCAAAGCAGCAAACUCUCUUAUUGCCAGUAGUCUUAACACAAGCAAAACAACUAAACUAUCCAGAUCUGGAAGCAGUUUAAGUGGUUAUCAAUUACGUUUCAAUCAAGAAAAAAAUAGACAUUUAAAAUCAAGUAUAUUUAAUACAUCACAGCCAAGUACACCGGUUAAUUGUAAAACAAACAUUAUUCAUUUAAAACUGCUUGGUAGUCAUAAUGGGACUUGUAUUGAACUAACCCUUUCAACUAAUGAUAAUAAAGAAUUCGAAAGUUGGUGUAAAGCGUUUUCCGUGUGAAAUAAUCAUUUUUACUAAUGUAUCAAUAAAUAUUAACAAAAUUUACAAACGGUCAAGCAAUAUAUUGUUUACUCUUAACAAGGUUUGAAUAAUUGAAUUUCAACACUUACAAUCUUCUUUCGUCAAUGAUCAUAAAUAUACAUUGAACAAAUAUUUAAAUUGUCCCACUGUAUCCAUCAUGUGUUUAUAAUUCCUUCUUUUUUUUGUUCUUCCAAUUUCAUCACUAUUACAAUAGUGUAAAAACAUAUUUGUCCGAUUUGUUUCAUUCAAGAAAAUCUAUAUAGUGUGUUAGCAAUUAAAUGGAUUAUAAUGUAAUUGGAGAUUAGAGGAUAAAAACAGCAUUGUACAUGAUAGUAUUCAUAUUCAUAUUCAUAUUAUUAUUAUUACUACUAUUUGUUCUCAUUUUUCUAUUGUUUUUAUCUACUGAGUACAGACAAUUGAAUUGAUUGUAUCAUUCAUUAUUUAUCAUUAUCACAAUUAUUAUUAUAAUCAUCAAUCAGUAAUCAAUAAUAUUAGGAAUUAUUUCAUAAAAUGUUGAUUAAGCUCAUACUACUUACAUAAAUAAUAUUGAUAAUGAUGACAUUUAUGUUUAUACAUAUGAAUCUUUCACAUUUACAGGAAUAAAUAUUCAGUAGAAAAUAAUAUUGACUUAAUGUUAAAUUGUAUUUUCUAUGGUUUAUUUAAGAAAGAUAGAAAACAGUAACGAUUCUUUGUCUUGUACAAACUUCAUUUGAAAGAAAAGGAAAAAAAGAAAGAAAGAAAGAAGGACAACGUUUAGUUGGUUAAUCUGAUAGUAGUUCAUCAGUGAUUUUUCUUUUCUUUUCUUUUUUCUCUUCAUUUUCAAUAUUUAAAUUGUAAUACUUGGUUAAAAUAGUAAACUAAACCACUUUCGAAACAGGAUCAUUAUUCAUAUGUUGGUACAUUAAGUUCAAUAUUAGAAUUAUUCAAUUUCAAAUAAGCUUCAUUCAAUUAGAGUACUACAAUUUAUAUGUAUAUUGUAAUCAAUUUUGUAUUAUUUAGUGUUAAAAUAGAAAUGAUUGUAAUACUUGACAGUUUUCUGGUGUGUUUUUUUAAAUUUUUUUUCUUCUUUCAUUCUUUACAAUGUUGCAUGUGUUCAGUCUCUUCAUUUUAUCCCUUUACACUUUGUUCUUCUUGUUGUUGUUGUUCAUUUAACAUUACUUACUCUCUUUAAUUAUCUUUAUUUGAAUUCUAUCAUGAGUAUUAUUUGUAUUUUAAUAAUGCUAAAUGACGUUACUUCAUUUUAUAAUCAUAUACCUAUAUAUACAUUAAUAUUUUGUAACAAAAAUAGAAUAAUAAUGAUCAUAAUGAUUAUAGAAAAUAAUAUAAACAA